AUGGAUCAUAUUGGGGAUGAUUUAGAGGUUUGGUUUAAUUCAGGUAGUGAUGUGAGGGAUAAUGUUAUACAGGAUGAGGAUAAUAUGGAAAAAGAACCACAAAAAAUAGCCCAUGUGUUUGAAGGAAUUGGUUUGGAAGAUGAGAUCAUUCCAGAUGAUUUAAAGAUAAACCUAAACAAGACUUAUGCUGAUGAAUUCCUCAACAAGUUGUGUUCAGAUGCAAUAAAUGAUGAGGAGGAAGACAAUGAGGAUUGUUUGUUUCACCCUAUUUUCAAUGUUUGUAUAGUAGAAGCAACAAAAGCCUGUUCUAGGUAUGAGAUUUGA